AUGUCCAAACGCGGUCUCUCUCGCGAGGAGAAACGCACAAAGAUGAUGGAGCUCUUCCACGAGAAGAGCGAGUUCUUUACUCUCAAGGAACUCGAGAAGAAUGCGCCUAAACAGAAGGGUAUCGGUGAGCUGGCCAUGUUCAAGGCCCAACGUGAGCUCAACCACCCAGUGCAGCAAUCGGUCAAGGAGAUCCUGGACGAGCUCCAGGCCGAUGGUCUGGUCACGAUGGAGAAGAUUGGCACGAGCAACUAUUAUUGGUCCUUCCCAAGCACCGCUGGCGCCAAGAAGCAAGCCGAUCUCGACCGCCUGACCAAGGAAGCCGACACCCUCCUCGACAAGAUCACCGAGGCGCGCACCACUCUGGCCAGCUCGCAGCAGGGACGCGAGGACACUCCCGAACGCCGCCAGCUCCUGGCCACCCUUGCCGACGCCGAGACCACGCGUGCAACCCUCAAGACCGAGCUGGCCGCCUACGGUGCUGCUGACCCCGUCAAGUAUCAGCGUAAGCGCCAGGCGGCGGCCGUGGCCAAGAAGGCGGCACAGCGUUGGCAUGACAAUGUCGACGCGGUCAUGUCGUUCAUCAAGUCGCAGCAUGCCCUCGACGACGAGGCCGGGUUCCGCCACACCAUGGGAAUGGGCGACGACUGGGACGACAUUGACUUUUCGUAA